GAACCUGGAAAACCAAAAACGCGGACAGCACCAUAGCCACGUGGACCGAUGGGGGCAGCGCAGUUCAGAGAAGCGUCGCCGGCCCAAGUGGCCGAUGCUGUGACGGGGCUAGGAUCGGCGUAUGCUGCGUAUGCCCCGAGCAUCGUGUCGAAUGCUGUCGGCGGCGACGUCUUGUCCAGCUUGGACAUCGAACAACUCCCGAUGUUGUUUGCCACACUCGGUGUGACCAACACAAUCCACCAAGCCAAGUUGAGGGUGAUGCUCCAGCAAAAUCGGCCGUCCUUGCUGCAGCGAACGCUCAGUCAAGCGCGGGCAAUGGACAUGGCGCUGAACCAGAGUGGUGUUGCAAAGACCUUUGAUUGCUUCUUGAGCCACGACUGGGGCGUCGAUGGGGCGACCCAUGCCAAAGUUGGCCACGUGAAUGCCUUUUUGAAAGCUCGGGGCAUUCGAACGUGGUUCGACCAGGACCAGAUGACAGGAAACAUCCUGCAGGCCAUGGCGACGGGCAUUGAACGCUCCAUCUUGGUGCUUGUUUUCGUCACACGCAGGUACAUGGCAAAAGUCAACGGCUCAAACCCGAACGACAAUUGCCAGCUCGAAUUUGGAAUGGCCAAGUGCACUCAAACGGCAUCGCACAUGGUGCCUGUCAUCUUGGACCCGACCAUGAAGAGCGUGGCGACGUGGGCCGGGCAGCUCAAGAUGGUGCUCGGCAAUCUCUUGUACGUGGACUUGAGCGCCGACACAGCCGACGGAUUUGAACAAGGCUGUGCGAGCCUUCUCCAACGAGUGCAAACUCUACUUGGUCGAACGCACGUGACGUCAAGCAAAGCGGGCGACACAUAUCCAGCGCAACUGGCGACGGAACAACUAGCUGACGUGGACGAAGUGGCUCCAACGCCAGUGCCGACCGACCGAGUCGCGGCCCCAGUCACGUCGAUGUAUUCAUUUCCGUGGCUGCUUGCGUGGUCGGAAGCGAUGGCUGGUACUGACAACGAGGAAGUCCAAGAAGACUCGCUGGUCGUUGUGCUGGAGCAAUUGGAUGCCACGCUGGCAAGUCCACAAGUGGACAGCUUCAUUCAAUCGUUUCCAUACACCACUUUGAUCACGGCGAUGGAAUCGCCUGCACUGGCAGAGGUCGCAACUCAAGUGUGCGCGAUCUUGGUCGACCACCCACGAGCAGCGGCGUCGCUCGCAGCCCUUCCUUCUUUCGUGCCGACCUUGACUUCCCUCCUACAGGCAAACGCCUCGGCGACGGCGGAUGCGGCCCUCGUCGCACUGACCAACAUUACGUUCGCUCCCCCGCCAGAUCGUGCUUUCACCGACGCUCUCGUCCCUCUCCUCAUGCAACUUCCAUCCCGCGAUCAUGUCGUGGACGUGCUAGUGAAUGUAUCUGCGGCAAAUCGGUCGUCGUUUUUGCCGUACUUGGACCAAUUGAUCGCCAUGUUGCCCUCCAACGACAAAUUGUCUCCCAUGUGGAAGAUUUUUCUUAAUUUGUCCGUGGACGCAGCGUGCACCGCUUCGCUCGCGGCUCUCGGGUUUGUCGACAUUGUGUGGACAACCCAACUCCACACGCAAGACUGCGAGCUGACUUUGAAGCUUCUCCUGGGUCUCUGCCGCCAUGGUGCAGGGUCCAGCGCUGUCGCCAUGAGCUCCCACUGGCAGGUGUGGCUCCUCGAGACGGGGCGUCCGAGUCUAACUAUCGCGAGUCAUCUUGCUGACCAAGACUCCUCCGACUACUUAGCUCCACGUGCAAACGCGUGGACGUCGUUUUGGGUGGAUGCGCUACUACAACAUGACGAUGACGAACGGAACGUCGAGUUGGCUCUGUGCAGCCUCGUUAACGUUGCGGCCAAGGACGAGAUAUGGCGACGUGAAAUCGAGGUGCAUGUCGAGCGCGCGGUCUGGCCGUGGAUCAUCCGUCGAUCGAGAUUGCAACCCAUGGCGCUCAAGCUCGUCGGCAAUCUCAUCGACAUGAAAUUGGUGCGGGAUCUCUUGACGGCGAAGCUUCAAGACGGCAUGGCGAUUGACGAAGGGGACGAAUAUGCACGAGAUUUGUGGCAUGAGAUUGUGGCGACGCUAGCCUAAUCUAUACCUUAAUCUAUUGCAUGGAGCAAAGUGUGUG